CCUCUUUCUCUCUUGCAGGACCUGAAGGAGAAGAAGGAGAAGGUGGAGGAGAAGGCGAGCCGGAAAGAGCGGAAGAAAGAAGUGGUGGAGGAGGAGGAGAAUGGAGCUGAGGAGGAAGAAGAAGAAACCGCUGAGGACGGAGAGGAGGAGGAUGAAGGAGAAGAAGAAGAUGAGGAAGAAGAAGAUGAUGACGACGAGGGGCCGGCGCUGAAGAGAGCUGCUGAAGAGGAGGAUGAAGCUGAUCCCAAGCGGCAGAAGACAGAAAAUGGGGCAUCGGCAUGAGCCCCCUGCCAAUGGGCUGGGGAAGGAGGCCCCUCAAGGCCUGGAGAUGGGGGCAGGAACAGUUCAGUGCAGCCACCUUCACCUGAUUCCUUGCUCUGGGCCCUGUAUCAGAGCUGCCACCCUCUUUCUCCCCAGCCUUCUCAUGUCCACCUCUCCAGACACUGCCCUUCCAUCCUCACUCUGCCAUUGUUCCACCUCCUGACCUGUUCCAUCUGAGCUCCCCAGCUGGUCCCCAAUUGCUCCCUUUCCCUCUUCUUUCUCUCUUCCUCCCUCACUCCCACCCCUCCUCCUAUAGCUUCUCCUUUGGAACCUCUGCAUCCUAGCCUUCUGUCCUGCCCAUCCCUACCCUGCCUGAUCCCUGGGUCUCCUUCAGAUCCCCUUCUCUCAGACAGCGCCAGGCCGGGGUGGGGCCAGGGUUGGGACCAAGACCCACAGCUGCCCCCCUCUCCUCCCCUUUUUGUAUAAUUUAAUAAAGAAAUGGUCGCGCUUCUGUUUUUAA